UUGGCCCCGCCCCCUCGUCGAGCGACGGGUGGGGCUCUCCUUCUCCCUGGCUUCUCCGUUCGAUAUUUACCUGCUUGGGCUGUGCUGUGCGAGAGCUCCACCCUUGGUCUGCUUCAGGAGGUCUUUCUCAAGAGGAUGAGGCUGGUCAUACUUGAGAACUAUGAUCUGGCUAGUGAAUGGGCAGCCAAGUAUAUCUGCAAUCGCAUCAUCCAGUUCAAGCCGAGUCAAAGCAGGUAUUUCACCCUUGGUUUACCAACAGGAAGUACACCUCUGGGAUGCUACCAAAGACUGAUAGACUAUCACAAAAGAGGAGAUCUCUCCUUCAAAUAUGUGAAGACAUUCAAUAUGGAUGAAUAUGUGGGGCUUCCCAGAAGCCAUCCAGAAAGCUACCAUUCGUACAUGUGGAACAAUUUUUUUAAGCACAUUGAUAUAGAUCCAAGCAACGCGCAUAUUCUCGAUGGAAAUGCUCCAGAUCUAGAGGCAGAGUGUGAUGCAUUUGAAAGAAAGAUAGAGGAAGCUGGCGGGAUAGAUCUGUUUGUUGGAGGUAUUGGUCCGGAUGGCCACAUAGCUUUCAACGAACCAGGGUCAAGUUUGGUAUCCAGAACAAGACUUAAGACAUUAGCGAUGGACACUAUACUUGCAAAUGCAAAAUACUUUGAUGGAGAUCUAUCUAAAGUUCCAACUAUGGCAUUAACAGUUGGUGUGGGGACAGUGAUGGAUGCCAGAGAAGUGAUGAUUCUAAUCACUGGUGCACACAAAGCUUUUGCCUUGUACAAGGCAAUUGAAGAAGGGGUCAAUCAUAUGUGGACCGUUUCUGCUUUCCAGCAACAUCCUCACACUAUCUUUGUAUGUGAUGAAGACGCUACCUUAGAACUAAGAGUUAAAACGGUCAAGUAUUUUAAAAGUUUAAUGCAUGUGCACAAUAAACUCGUGGACCCACUGCACAGUAUGAAAGAGCAAAACUGAAGGAGAAAUCCAACCUGGACUCCGUUUGGAUGACUCUGGCAAUGUUUUUAAGUAGCAGAUGAAUCUACUGCUAUGCAAUAUGCUGAGAACUGUCUACAAAAGAGAGUCUCAAAUACUGUAGGGGAGGGCGGGUUGUCUUAUUUUUCCAAAUGGUCCAAAUGUACACACAUUCCUCUUAGUGCUGUUACAAGCUUUAUUCUCUGCUUUCCUUCCCAUAUUUGUGUUGCCUGUUACACCCUGUACACUAUCAGAAACCAGUGGAUCAGUUUUUAAUUGAGAGUACAGGGAGAGAAAAGAGUUCUGUAACUCAAAUAUAAAGCUAUUUCUUUUUUUUGUCUCAAGGCAUUUUUGUGUGUGUGGAGGCCUGUGUAAUGUUAACUUAUGAACUGAUAAGCUGGCUCUUUAAUAUCAAAUGUUUACACAUAUACAACUGUCACACUGAAACCUCAGCAGUUGAUUGCCUUAAAAUCUAUACCUCAUCAUCUAUGGGGCACAGAAUCGAUGCAAGUGAGUUUGAAUAUAGUACCUGCCCUGCAGAUGAUCAUUUCAGUAACGUCUUGAUACUAGAGGGUUAGUAGCUAUGUUGGACAAUUGCAGCAAUGUUACAGUCAAUUGCACCUUUGAGACUAAUUUUGCCAGCUGUAUGCUCAUAUAUAACUUUCUGCUAUAGCAGUUGUUUUUGCUUUUGUUAAAUGAUUUGAGUUUACGUACUGAAGGGUUUGCUAUUCUUAAUCCUGCAAAAGGGGCAGGGUCUGUGUGGAUUCUACACACUUGAAUGCCAAUGCAACCAUUACAUCCCCAUUGUGCUAAGUGGCAAGUAAGAAUGCCACACAAGUAAAGCUUAACAUAACUAUC